AUGAGUUCGGAACGGAACCAAUCUCUCAAGUUUUGCACCGUGUGUGCAUCAAACAACAAUAGAUCCAUGGAGUCUCAUCGAAUUUUAAAAGAGGCGGGUUAUAACGUUUCAUCUUAUGGAACAGGGUCUGCCGUGAGGCUCCCUGGACUUUCAGAAGAUAAACCCAAUGUCUAUGCGUUUGGAACGCCCUAUAAUGAUAUAUACAAUGAUCUGAAAUCGCAAUCAGUAGAACGCUACAAAUCGAACGGACUGCUGGAAAUGCUGGAUAGAAACCGUAAACUAAAACGGGCACCCGAAAAAUGGCAAGAAGGCUUAAAGGUGUUCGAUUUUGUGAUCACAUGCGAGGAAAGGUGCUUUGACGCCGUUUGCGAGGAUCUUAUGAGUCGUGGUGGUCAACUUAACAAGAUCGUACAUGUCUUCAACAUCAACAUCCGAGACGACAAUGAAAACGCCAAAAUCGGUGGCAAGGCUAUUCUGAAACUUGCCGACACGCUCUCGCAGAAGGCUGCGGAGUCCGAAGACUCGGGCGAACCGUUCGAGGAUUGCAUUAUGGGAAUCGUCACCGAGUGGCAAGAACUGUAUCCCCACCUGCCGCUUUUGUAUUCACCUGGAUACUACUAG